AUGUCAGCAAGGGCACCCAUAAACCAUUUCGGCACCACGAACAGCACACGACCAUUUCCACCACAACUGUACCAGGAACUCCCGCUUUUCCCUCCAGAAACCACAACAUCGAAGGACAAGGAAACCAUUGACUCCCUCUCAGAAAUCUACUCAAUCAUCAUCGCUUUGGACCACGUUGAGAAAGCUUACUUGAGAGAUUCCAUCACUGACUCACAAUAUACUGCCACUGUGAACAAAUUGCUGGCUCAAUACAACACAUAUUUGAACAAUGAGAACGUGAGGGCGCAAUUCCAUGAUUUGAAACAUUUUAGGGAAAGGUUUAAUAUCGUGGCAUCCAAUGCCAUUACUAGACUGGAAAGAGGCAUACCUGUCACUGUGGAGCAUGCAAUUGAUAACGAACAGGGCCAGAAUCAAGGUGAGAAUAAGUUUAAUGGGAAGAAUGUGGCGGAGGCCACGGGGAAUUUCAUUACUGUGAUGGAUGCUUUGAAACUGAAUUAUAAGGCUAAAGAUCAAUUACAUCCAUUGUUGGCGGAACUAUUGUUGAGUGUUAAUAGAGUGACGAAUGUGAAUUUUGAACAUAGGGCCAAAUUGGUAGAGUGGAUCGUCAAGAUAAAUAAAAUGCAAGUGGAUCAAUUGUUGACUGAUAAUGAGGUGAGAGAAUUAUUGUUUGAUUUAGAUUUGGCAUAUAAAAGUUUUUACGCCCUAUUGGGUUAG